AUGACCGAACCCUUCAACAUAGACGAGAUCAAGCAAGCAGUUUUCCAACUCGGGGGCGACAAAGCACCGAGUCCUGAUGGCUUCCCACUACGGUUCUACCAAGUUCGCUGGGACACGGUCAAGGAGGAUAUCAUGCGAUUAUUUCAAGAGAUGUUUGAGGGGAGGCUAUCCACCAACCCGAUCGAUUAUACUUACAUCUGCCUUAUCCCUAAGAAGGAGGGGGCCACGAGGGCCAACGAUUAUAGGCCUAUCAGCUUACUGAACGGUAUCCAAAAGAUUUUGUCUAAAGUGUUGGCAAAUCGCCUCGAACAGGUCAUGGAUAAUCUGAUCUCCCCUUCACAGUCUGCUUUCCUGAAGGGAAGGAAUAUCACCGACGCUUAUGUCACAGUAGCCGAACUCCUCAGCUGGGGUAAUAAGAAAGCUAUUGAGGGGGUCACUGUAAAAGUAGACUUUGAAAAGGCGUAUGACAGAAUUGAUUGGAGCUUUCUCUUCCGUAUCCUUCGGUGGUGGGGCUUCGACGACAAGUGGUGCGGUUGGAUCGAACAGUGCGUGUGUCACGCGAAGGCCGCAAUACUGAUUAACGGAGAGGCGACCAACUGGAUCAAGACCAAAAGAGGAGUUCGGCAAGGGGAUCCGCUCUCCUCGUUUCUUUUUUUGCUGGUGGCCGAGUGCUUGUCCCGCUUGACUAAUGAGGCGAUACGCAACAACCUCCUCAAAGUGUUCAAGGCACCGAAUUGGGCGAUCAAGCGCAUAGAAGCUCUUCGCCGAGACUUUUUCUGGACUAGUGGACUCAACUCUGCUGGCAAAGGAUGCUUAUUAGCUUGGAAGAAUAUCUGUAAAAGCAAGCGAGAAGGUGGUCUAGGCAUCCUGGAUGUAGGGGCCAUGAACUGUGCCCUUCUCACCAAAUGGUGGUGGAAGUUUCAACAGGCGCCACAUCUACAGUGGAAUAGGGUAAUUCGAGAUCUCUACUACAUAAGGAGAAGACCUUUGAUGGAGGGCAGGUCAUUUAGGCCCCAGUCCCAUUGGUGGAAGGGAGUACUUAGCCUCAAAUCCAUUUUCAAAUGGGGAUCCACCUACAAAUUAGGCAAUGGAAAUUCUAUCGACUUUUGGCUUGACCGCUGGUGUGGGGAAACCACACUAGGCAGCGCGUUCCCGAAGAUCUACCAGAUAUCUAACAGAAGAUAUCUGAAGGUCAGCGAGGUCUUAACAGAAGACGGUUGGAACUGGAAUGGGAUUUUCGGCAUUGACUCUGAAAUUUUAAUAGGGCUCGAAGACGACAUUGCAGAGCUGAAGGAUAGGUUAUCACAUUUUUAUCUUGGCCAAAGUCCGGACCAGAUAUUUUGGCGGUGGAGUUCAAAUAGGCUAUUCUCGGUGAAAUCGACUUAUCUAGCGCUAACCGACGGGGGAACAAGGGAUCCGGGUCUUAACGAGAUCUGGGGACUCCAUAUUCCUCUUAAAGUCAAAGUAUUCUGUUGGCUCGCUCUUAAGAAGAGGCUCCCCACAACCGACUUACUGGCGAAGCGUGGCUGGGUCGGAAAUACCGUUUGUGUACUUUGCGGAGUGGAAGACGAAUCCGUCGAUCACCUGUUCACGAGGUGUGUAUUUACUAAGUUCAUUAUUGUGAUGGAAGUGACCGGUAUACAGGUGACAGACCUGGAUAAUGAUGUAAUUCGGGUUUGGGAAAUAUAG